AUGCCACCACAACUCGACGUCUUUUCUUUUCAAAUUGUCGCCAAGUACUUUUACUUGUAUGAAGAUUAUGUUAAUGCUGUUCAAAUAAACAAAAAGUUUUUAAAUAUAUUAGACCGUUUCCGCUACAACCCAAUUUCUGUUAGUACUUUAAAACUGUUUCCUUACAUUGAAACACAGCACUUGUACACAGAAAAAGACACUUUAAUUCCAUUUGUUAAACGUUAUGUAGUGUGGUUUACAGUUUCUUUAACAGACUCGUAUUCUCUUUUUACAGAUUUGGAAGUUGUUUACAAACAUGUUAAAAUAGACAACGAAGACUUUUUUACCAACUCAAUAAGUGAUAUCAAUGAAAUACCAAAAUCAGUCAACAUUUACUCUUUAUCACUCCUCAACAAUUUCACAGAAAUAACCGAAUUCAGUGUUCCUCUUCACGUUACAAAAUUGAAAACAAGUGUUUUUGAUAAUAACACAAAUUUGAACUGCACAGAACUUGAACAUUUGACAUUUUCGAAAUCACUGUUUAUAAUUCCAAAUGGUUGUUGCGAUGGUUGCCAUGUUCUAAGUGAUGUGGUUCUUCCAGAGAAUCUUCUUGAAAUUUGUUCGCGUGCAUUUCGGCAAAAUUACAAUUUGGAUGUCGAUAUUCCAAAGAGUGUCACUAAAAUAGAACAAGACGCGUUUUACGAGUGUCUUGGCAACAUCUAUUUGGAUGUUGGACCGGAAUGUAAAAUAGAGAAAGACUCUCCUUGGGAUAUUGACGUACUUUUUGGGACGUAUGACUAUAACAAAGAAUGUAACCACGUUAUAUUUGCAGAGGAUUUACACAUUGAAGUAACUUCACUCCUUUCAAAAAAGAAAAGUACAUUAAA